AUGCGAGAAUUACUGCAGCAAAUGCAGCACACUACGGCUCUGCUGCUGAACAGGAUAGGGCAGUUUCCAUCUGCUCCACCACAGUCCAGGCUGGAACCUAUAAGGAGUGCAGUAAAUCCUCUGCCUGCUGUUAUCCAGCAUCCCACCCCAGCGUUUCAAACCGAUGCCCCUCGAAUGCUGUCUGGGUCACGGCAGCUGCUUGCUCCAUCUAGCCAUACCCUGCCUGCUACUCUGAGCCCCAUCCCUUCUGCUCAAACUUGCCACAUCCCACCAACUCUACCCAACCACACCCCACCCGCUCCACCUUGCCACAUCCCUCCAGCUCAAACUUGCCACUACCAAGCUGUUGCCCCUCGCAACACUGUUUAUCAGCCCCAGCCUGACAAUGUUCAGGUACAGUUGUCAAGGCUUUUUCGGCAUCAUCAAAGAGGAGUAGGCACUGGGGUUAGAAAGAGGAAGCGGGAGACCCCUUGGUCCCAUACUUUCAUUUGUUUACCUGAUCCUCAAUGGACUUGUAUGCCCACAGUAGAGGAGGCUCGCUACUUUUCCUCCUGUGGAUUAGGACGAAAAACUGUGUGGUUCCCACACAAUGAAGGAGACCACCUAUACUUUAGCGAGCAUCUCUUCUCUGCGUUCCCGGCUCUUAGGGAUGGCGGUGGGUUUGUCCUGGCCCGUGGCAGCAGAGGAAAGGUUUUGGAGCAAAUGCCAAUACCACCAGAGGGAUACAGCGUGAGCUUUGUACGCUCAGCUUCUACAAGGGCUCCCUUGUACAUCAUCCCCCUUCAACGCAGCCUUACGCUCAGUCAUCCGUCAGUUGAAGAGGUGCCAAAAGUGAUGGAGACGUGUCUUAGCUGCCAGUCCUUAAUGCCACUUUGUGACUUGGCUGACCAUAUCCUGGAGUGCACAGGAAAAGAAGAAUCAAGGAAUGAUGAAGACUACAUGGAUGAUGACCUGGCUGUGGCUAUACAGCAGUCUUUAGAGGACCAAGUGGCACCUGUGCAACAUACUCAGUGUGAGGUCCAAGAGCAGAACCCUGUACUUGAGGUUGGAGUUGUCAGGACACCUGAUGUUGUUCUAAAUGCUCAGAGGCACACCCAGGAGCAGGUGAUGGUGGAGGUGGCUGAACUGGACGAGAACACAGAAAAUGAAGGGACAAGCGAGUCUCCAGAUUUAAAAACUGUCCUUGGAGAUCUUGAAAAAGGUCUUCUGAGAACUUCAUCCCCCAUCCACAAUUGUCUGAAUGUGUGCCGAGAGUUCCUGCUUGAAGGAUCUUUCAGAGCAUUUAGACGAACUCACUUCAAUCCCUGUCAUCGCUUGAUGAUCACAUUUGUUGAUGACGAGGGACAGAGUGAGGGUGCCGUGGACGAUGGUGGUCCCAGCCGGGAAUACUUGCGACUUCUCAUAUCAGCGCUAAGAGAUAGCCGCUACUUUGAGGGGCCAGAGAGCAGCAAAAAUCUUUCCCUAGUACCCCGAGGUCUGGAGUUCGGGGACUAUAAAGUCAUUGGUCAAAUGCUAUCCCUGGCCCUUCUCCAAGGAGGAGUACGGCCCUCUUUUUUGUCGUCAAGGCUGUAUGCUUUGUUGUGUCGGCAACAAACAGGCCCAGUAUCAGUUGAGGAGGUUGGUGACUGGGAACUGCGCCAGCACCUGGAUAAAAUUAAAGCUGCAGAAAACUUGCAGGAGGCCCAGCGUGCUGUUGAAGAAGGCUCACCGGCUCUGCAUGCCCUGGGCUGUGCAAGGUCUCUUACAGACAUGGAGAGCAGGCAGGCUCUCAUUGAGGAAGCGGCAAAGGCACACGUUGAGGGGCGCACUAAAGCUGCAUUGGACCAGUAA